AUGGCUCGAAUUCGAACCGCAACCGACUUGAUACGGUUUGCGCAGGCAUUAAUUGAGAAAUACUAAACAUAAGUUCGAGACGCGACCAACUUGAAACGGUUUUUGCAAAAAGGUUUCGAGAAACGUUUAGCGUCAUUUUUAGGGCGCAACCAAUUGAAACGGUUUGCGCGGAAGGUUGUGAAGCGGGAAGCUGAACUUGAACUGAGAAACGCUACAGCGACGUCUAAGCCAUUUCUCGUGCGACCAUCAGGGUUUAUUGAAGCACACUCUUUUUUCAUUUGCAGCAAAAAGUCUUGUAUGUCUUUCGGGACACGAAAGUCCAAUACUGGGAGCCAAGAUGAACCGCCUCUCAUUUUUAAUUUCCUUUUUCAAAUGAAGUUUUGGAGUAGUUAUUUUCAAUGCAAGCUUUUAGAAUGAAAAUAAGUACUUAACAAAUGGAAAAAUUGCAGAGUUUUUUGGACUAAAAUUGCUGAGAGAGUCUGUUCCCAAAACUGAUAGAAAACAGUCAUAGUUUGAUGAGAGUCUGGCAAGCGAAAAACAAAAGCUCCCAAGAAGAAAUUAUAGAGGUUUUUGUGUUCCCAACCCCCAAACAGACAUUGGAAAAAUCAUAAACGGACGUUUCCUGUUGAGAAACCACUUUUCACAAUGUCGCUGAAGAACGCCUUAUCAGAGAGCCAUCCAAUUCGUGAACUCAAUUCUGAGAUAAUUUAUAUCAGUAUACCUGAUAGAGAACAGCACGGAAACCUUGACCAUCAUUGAUAUCGAACCAAAAAAGUAGGAAAAUAUUAAGAACCUGAGAUCAUAAAAAAAACAAAGGAACUUAUCCUGUUAGAAUUUUCGGCUACAACAACCUUCCAGCGAAUAAUCUACUUGUGAAAAAAAAUCAAUUUAUUUUUUUCGUAUACUUUUUUUGCCAGCCCGAAGGCUGGCUUCACCAAAAAUGGAUCGCUCUUAGCUGAGACCAGGUCUCACCCAGAAGGCGCCACGCGGAGGCGGCGAUCCGAGCCCUCCUGCUAUGAUCUUGGUAAGGGUGGUGAUAGCGACGUUGCAUUGUCGGCGUCCCGAUAUCAGGAAUCCGCUGUCUCGACUUGCACCGGCUUACGCCUAAUCCCGUCUUUUAUCAUGCAGAGGUCUUUUUCGACAGCCACCUGAUCAGUGAACGGGCUUUCGAGAUCAUUUUCAUGAGUAAGCCUAUUGAUAAACAGUUGGUGCGCUCGAAAACCGUAUUUAUAACUUAUUAUGAAGCACUGCAGUGGGGGUUUAUCAACAAAACCAGAUUGAAAAGAAUGACAAAAACACCUUUUUUUGCCAAUUCUUUGCAUUCAACAACCUUUCAAUGAAUGAACUACUUCUGAGUUACUUCCUAUCAAUAUAUCUUUUUUUGUAUACUUUUUUUGCCAGCCCGAAGGCUGGCUUCACCAAAAAUGGACCACUCUUAGCUGAGACCAGGUCUCACCCAGAAGGCGCCACGCGGAGGCGGCGAUCCGAGCCCUCCUGCUAUGAUCUUGGUUGGAGUAGUAAUAGCGACGUUGCAAUGUCGGCGUCCUGAUAUGAGGAAUCCGCUGUCCCGACUUGCACCGGCUUACGCCUAG